AUUGCAAAAAGCAAAAGUUGAGAAUAUCAUAGCAUUAAAGUUACUUGAAUUGGCGGGAAACAGGAUUUUACAUCUUGUUCAAUUUUUUGUAGCUGUGUGUUUUUAUUUUAGUGUUUUGAUUUUUUUUGAAAUAUAUAGCUAUAUUGUAAUUAUUAGAUUGCUUCUUUCUCUUUUGAUGAAAGAGGAAAAUUUUCAUGAUUGUCUUCGCCAAGUCAAUAAUUGCAAUAGCUAGAGACGUGCAGAGUGAGGAAGUGGUUUAGUCUUAGCAUAGGAACUGCUCUCACAAUGGGUGUUGUGCAGAGUCUUGAAGGAGGGAAAAAGAUGGAGUCAAAAGCAUUUGAGAGCAGUGUACCGAGCGGUGCCUACCGUGUACAAGUUGCUUCGAUAAUCCACCCGGCAGCUUUCUGGGUGGUGGACCCAGCGGGCCCCGACUCGGGCAGAGCCAAGGUCCACGACUUGGAGAGGAGAUUGGCAAAAGCUGUGAGGAGCAAUGAGAGGAUUACCACCGAUGUCAAUCGUUGGGUGGCCAUCAAGAACCCGAACACGGGCGCGUGGCACAGGGGCCUGGUCAACAACAUCGUGCAGCUGCGCGACAAGUACGUGUACGUGGUGUUCCUGGCGGACCACGGCACCUGCCUGCAGGUGGAGGUGGACUCCCUGGCGGAGCUGUCCAGGAGCUUCCUCAGAGGCACCUUCCAGGCCUUCGAGGUCGUGUUGGACGCCCUCGAGCCGCGGCCGCCGGACCACGGCACCGGUGCAGCCAGGUGGCCUGAGGAAGCUUUGGCAUAUGUGUCUCAACUCCUGGAUACGGUUAUUUACACAUAUUUUGUUCCCAUUAAUGUGUCUGGGAACAAGAUUUAUGGAGAGCUGUAUUUGCAGGAUGGCACAGACUGCAAGAGCUUAUCAGUUUUGCUCUGCAGUAAUGGCUAUGCAAAAAGAUGUUGCAGUGUCUGGAAAAGUGGUGAGGUGGAAAAUGAAACUGGAAGUUUGGUGAAUAGCACUGAAAAUGUGGAAAAUUCUGUUGAAGUUGAUGAUGGCUAUAUCAGUAACUACUACAUUCGAAAAGAAAAAAAAAAUGUAAAGACAAAUAAGAAACCAAAGAGUGAGCUCACAAAGUCAUGUAUGAAAGAGCCUGAGUUUGCAAACUUAGCCAAAACAAAAGUUGUGGCAACCAAGCCUGCCCUGCUUGAAGUAUGGAAACAGUCGCCAAACAAAAGUGGCUCAUUGCUGGAGUCUGUGGAAGAGUUGAUGAAGAAAGAGAACUUCCUGGUGAGUUCUAGUCCAUUCAGUUCCCAACGCCAGAACAUCAGCCUUCGACCAGCCAGUGACAAUAGAGGCGCGCUGGACAAGAAUGCCAGUGCUAUGUAUGAAGACAGGAAAUGUAGACAAGAUGAACCAGAAAGUAAAGAUAAUGGAAGGACAGACAAAGCUUCAUCUUCUGGUAACAUGAAUGUUGACACCAACACUGGCAUCAAGGGUGAAACCAGUGUUCUCAUAAAUGCUGACCCUGACCCUAGUAUUAGCAACAAAGCUGAAUCUAAUGUUGAUUCUUCAACUAAAGAUUUGAAAGCUGAUGAAGAUGAAAGAAUUCUGGAUCACCUGAAGAAAAUGGAAAUGUUUGGUCAUUUUGAUGGAAACAGAAGUUUCAGCUCGGAGCAGGCCACGCUCUGCAAGAUCACGGAUACCUUCCGUAGCCGGUUCGACACGUUCCAGCUGAGAGACAACUUGGACAUGAGGCGGGUGCUGGUCCACAGCCAUGUGCCGCUGGAGCCUGCCGAGAGCAUCAAGGACGCUUGCUUUCCACUACAAAUACACAAAGCUAUGGAGAAGCUUAACUUCAAGACUGCAUUCAACAUCCAGUUGCAUGCUUGGGCAGCCAUCAUGGAAGGGCGCAAUACCUUUGUGGUGGGCCCCGCUAACUCUGGGAAGACCCUGUCAUAUGUUUUGCCUCUGCUGAGUAAGUGUAUGUCUGGGACUGCUUUCCAAGAGGUGAAGACGGGCAACGCGCCUAAUGUUCUGGUGCUGUGCCCUGGCUACGAGACUGCUCGCUUUGUGUACUAUGUGUGCUCAAAAAUUUUGCAGCUAGCAGGAAUUUGCCACGUGGACAUAGUCUUGACUCAUGGAGGUGGUGCUGAAACCGAGGUGAUGACACAGUUACUGAAUGGGUGUCACAUCCUUAUUUCAACACCUCGCUGUUGGUUGCGGCUGUACCAGCGCUCACAGCUGCUCACCAACCUCAGCCGCUUGUAUUACCUUGUGCUGGAAGAUGCUGAUGAACUGUUUAGCAAGUUUCCAGAGGUGAAGCAUAUUGUCCAGCUGUGUAAGAAAGUUUCGAGUAUCCAAAACCGGGACAUUGUGACGGUGUGUGUUAGCGAGACAUGGACCAGGCAUGUGGGAUCUCUGGCUGCCGGAAUGGAGGAGAAUGCUUGUGUGUGUAUUGGAUCCUGCCUGGAAGCUGCCAUUUAUGCAAAGUUGCAACCAAACCUCCAUUUUGUUGCUGCAGAAGACAAGGAUAAGAAAGUUAUAAGGAUCCUGAAGGCCAGCUACACUCUGCAGAGAACAGUAGUUGUCUGUCUGACAAGGCACGAGGUGGAGCACCUCACAACUGUGCUGGAGAAAGCCAACAUGAAAGUGCUGCAAGCCCAUGAGGAAAUGCCGAACUACGACCUGGGCGAAAUUCGUACUCGGUGGCUACAGUCGAGGCGUGGCAACUUCCCAGUUCUGGUCUGCUCCGACGAUGUCCUCUUGGAGAUGAACGUUACUGAUGCGACUGCCCUCGUACAUUACAACCUGCCGAGCAGCUCCAAGACGCAGUUCGGGUUCCGCUUCUCCUGUCUCAUGAGCAACUUCCGCAGCAUCUUCAGCAAUGCUGAUAUAAUGAAUCUGGACUGCUCAGUUCACAUACUUGUGGAGAGUUCAGAUGUGCAGCCAUUUGCAACACUCGUCAAUUUCUUGAGAAGGCUGGGUGGCGUCCUUUCACCUGAAAUUGAGGCCAAGUAUACAGAAAUAUUAAAAGUUAGAGAACAGCAGAAAGUAUCCAGCUCAGUUUGCCACAGUCUGAAGGCAUUCGGGUCUUGUUGGAGGAUGCUGAAGUGUCCAAACCGCCAUUUCUUUGACAGAAUUCUUGACCAAACUGCAACUCUUCCUGGAGAUGGGCACGUGAAGGUGAAGGUUGUACACGUGCACACGGCCAACUAUUUUUCUGUCCGGCUGCUGGAACACUGGAGUAGUGAUGGAACUAGAACAGUUGUGGAGAACCAACUUUUAAGCAUGGCGUUCAAGCUUCACCAGCUGUUCUCGGACUUGGAAAACAGAGUCCAGGUGGCUAACCCUACAGAAGGCAAGGUUUAUGCAAUAUCAUCAGGUGGUUAUCAUCGAGUUGUUUGUGAAAAAAUCCAAAAAAAUGAGGUGGUAGUGAAAUUUAUUGAUGAAGGAGCUGUGAAAACUUGCAAGGUGUACGACCUGAUGCCUCUCCCGGAGGAGCUGCGGUGUGUGCCGCCGCAGGUGGUGGAGGUGGUGGUGUGCGGGAUGGCCCCUCCUGACGACGACACCACCUGGAGCAUGCUGGCCACGCAGGCUGCUUUCGACUGGGUGUCGGAGAUGGCCGACAACGAAGAUUCAGGAGUUUAUUUGGCCGGCAAGGUUGUCCUUUCCUUGGGACGAACUAUGUGGCUGAGCCCUUUGAUGGGUCGCCAGAAUUUAGCAGACAUCAAGACAGACAUAUUUGUCUCGUCACUGAAGAAAGAGUUGGUUCAAGGUGGCUUCGCAGUUCCAAACCCGGGUCAUGUUGACAAACUCUACAAGUUGUGCGAGGAAGCAGAAAUCUUCAAAGUGUUUGAUCUGACAGCUAUGCCACACACUGCAACAGAAGAUGAUGACGGGAGCUCAGUCUGUGAGCAGUCGCUAGACAGACGAGCACACCAGGAUACGCUGAAGGAACCCAAAGACUGCCAGCGACCAAGUGGAGUUGCCGAAACACCGCCGAAGCGAGACGGCUCUCCGGACAGAGGAGUGUCGGAGCAAUCGGCGGACAGUCAGACACACCAGGAGCCUGUGAAGAAACCCAGAGACUGCCAGCGACCAAGUGGAGUUGUUGAGGCAGGGCCCAAUGCACCGGCAAAGCGAGACAGCUCUCUGGACAGUGGAGUGUCCGAGCAGUCGGCGGUGCCGGUGUGGGAGUCGUUGCCCGCUGACGUCUGUGAGGUGGAGCUGAGCUUGGUCUCGCCUGGAGAGUUCUAUGUGCAGAAGAAACAGAACUCUGAACAGCUAGAGGAACUGACAAUUGAGAUACAAAACUACAUUGCUAAUCACCGUGAAUCUGUGACCGCACAGCCAGGACUUUACUGUCUUGGAAAAUGGCCAGUUGACAAUCUGUGGUAUAGAGCAAAAGUAGUAGAGCUGUUUGAAGAUGGUCGCAUUGAGCUGUUCUCUGUUGAUUUGGGAGAUUUUAUUGUUGUUAGCUGUAAUGAAGUUGCUGUUUUGCCUCAGACAUUAUUGACCAAACUGUCAUUCCAGGCAAUUGAGUGUGAACUGGCAUCAGUUAAAUCCCCCCAUGGCAACAUUUGGGAAGACUGGAUUAAGGAGGAAUUUUACAACUUGGCAAGUGAAGAGUUUAACUGGUCUGUUGAGGUACUGGCCCGAUCAGAGCCGUCCACGACAGGAGGUAUGAAGCACAGCGUGAGGCUGACAGGUGUCAACGAACACGGCUGUGUGGACGUGAACCAAGAGCUCCUCAACUUUGGCCAUGCGUCUGCGGCUGACUCAGAUUUUGAUGAUUCUGAUGUUGAGUUCACGGAGGAAGAAGCACUCGAGAUGCUACGAAAGUUCCAUGGUGCUCCACCAGCUCCAGUGUCUGAAUCAAAUAAAAUAGUGGAACUGGGGGACGGCGAGUCCGCGUCACGCCCCACUCACCCUGGCGAGGUGAUGCCGCCGCUGGCGUCGUGCGCCAGAACUCCGCGGCUCAGCUGGCACCAGGACGCUCACUGGGUGUGCUUCGAGGUGCGGACGCCGGGCGCCGACAGCUGCAGUGUGCGCUGCUCACGCACCCACUUACAGUUCAGGGCUGCUGUUUCUGACGUCUACUACAUCAGCCUGGACCUGUGUGGUGUCAUCGAACCACAGGAGUCGCUGUGUGCCCAAAUAGUUGGUGGUUACCAUUUGAAGUUGAGAAAGCAGACUGCAGGUUUCAAGUGGCCGUACCUAGUCAUUCCAGAAAAAAAUGUUAUCAAAGCAAAGUGGAGUUUGGAUCACAUUGAUGUCCCUGAGGAAACAGAUGGGAUUUUUUCAGAAUCAAAAGCUGGAUUUCUGCCACGAGGCUCCAAGUCUGAUGAGAGCGACAAGGAAGAGGACCUCUUUUCAGAUGUGGACGAAGCCGUGGAUUAGCGGCCCUCUGUUCGCUCGAGAUUGCUGCUGACAACAUUGCAUUCUGGCAUCAUACCAUACUUUGUAAUUGCAGAGCUGCCAACCAUUACGGAUUUUCCGUAAUUAUUACGGAUUUUAACCCCGAAUUACGGAAUUACGGAACAUCGCUAGUUUAUUACGGAAACGAGGCUUUGUGCUGCAUGGUAACGGAAAAAUUUACGUUUCUGCUGUGCGUGUUUCGUGAACGCUGUUUGAAUACUUCGGUUGGUUGCUCAAAUAACGGAACUAGUAAGUGUGCGCAUGUACGAUGUACUGUCGAAAUAAGUAAAUUAAUUCUCGUGUUUUCAAAUAAUAAUGGGAUGGUAUUACGUCCGUUGUACGAUACAACUAGUACAUAUCCUCGGACUUAUCGUUUGAAGGCUACUUACAUCACGAUAAUUUUUGUACGGUACUUUGGCUAACCUGUGUUGUAUUAAUUUAUUUCUUGAAAGCCAUUUUUUUCAUCAUAGUGUUUUUGUCCGGUUUUUGUCGUGUCUACAGACGUGAAAAUUUUUUUAUUUUUUUCGAUAGUGUUGUGUUCUUCAGUGCCGGUUGUAGAAAUGAAGCGUGUGACAGAAUAAUGUGCAUCUGUGGGAAAAAACACGCAAGACUUCAGAACUUUCCACUUAAAUAUUCAAAAGAAUGGCCAUGAUUGUCGUUUUCAAAUGUUUGGAACGCCACGGUUUUGUAAUGUAUGCGCGUGUGACUUUUCGAUUGCACAUGGUGAAAGGGAUGACUGUAGACGGCAUAUUGAAUCAAAGAAACAUGCAGAACAUUUUAAAGCCGUGACUAGCAAUAAAUCUAUAUUUUCGUUUUUUCGCUACAUCUGAAGAAACGAAAGUAACGAACGCAGUUAUUGUUUACAAGUCCUUGUGUUUGUCUUGUUUGUUUACAUGACAUUUCUUAUCGAACCAGGAUAAAAGAAGCAAAUAAAAAGACAGUUGUUUUAAAGUUUAACUUUGAAUACAUUGAAUUGAAGAUUCAAAAUAUCCAGUAAAAUUAUUAAUAUUUCUUACAUAUUCAGAUGAUUGUAUUGUUCAAAUAGAUUUUUUUAUGUAUUAAUUUGCAUUGUAUUCAUAUUUUUCUUUUUCUUUUGCAUAUUAUUGUCGUUGUUUUAUCUUGUGAGUGUGUUAUAAUGCCCCAGGAAAAAUUUAUCGUGCAUGAUUUACGCGUACUUUUUUCAUAUACCUAAUUGCCAUUACUGAUGGGUGUGAUUUGAGGUUGGCAGCUCUGUAAUUGUGUUUCCUCUCUGGAGAUGCAAGAGUCGUAUGUUAUUCAAAGUGACAUUUAAAAUGUGCUAAGCUAGAAUGCCAAUAAGAUUUUUUCAACUUGUGUCGCUUGUGUAUUCUAGAAUAUAUAUUUUUUUUCCUAUAUUUGAGACAUAAAUUAUCUUUUUGUGUAUAUGAGAUCAUAACAUGUUAAACAGGCUUUUUAUUUUAAACAGGUGUAGCCUGUAUAACUAUGGGCAGUAAAAAAUUAGCACAUUGCUAUGGAUACAAUUUUUUUGAUAACUUGCACUCGGAAUUCUUUUUCCUUGCUAAUUUUCAAUCUAAAUGUUUUUUUCAGCUACAUUAUAUUAAUAUUUUGUUCAUUUUUAAAAAUUCCUUUAUUAAAUUCCCUAAAAUACAAAACUUUAACACGUUUGUUAAUUGUGUUACAAAAUGUAUCAUUUCAGACAUAGAUGUGACCUGACUCACCUCUCCAUUCAAAAAUCCUAUAUUUACCAUAUAUUUGUACUUUGCAGAUUGUCUGCGACACAUAGGUGUGUACAAUUUCAUUUCUGUGAAAUGUAAGUUUUGUCACUAAGGCUUACUGGCACAUCAGUUAAUACACAAACUGUGUUGACUUGCAUUAUUUAGUGGAGUGCAAAUUAAACCACAGCAACACUAAACCCAAAUAUUUAACACAUGACAACAUAUGAUUGUCUGGGGAGACAAUAAUAACAAGGACCUAGCCCGUCUCCGCCGAGGACGAGUGUAGAACCUGGAACGAGUAAUGCAAAUGCGGAGUUGUACGAGUAUAGUUUUUGUAUAGUAUAGUACAUCGUACAUGUAUAGUUUUUGUGACUAGCGUGCUGCGUGCUAUUUCCAUCAUGAGUGUGUAAUGUGGCCAAGUUGUGCUUCUAAGAUAACUUUAAAAUAUUUGUCUAAUCCAAUAAAUUCAUCAUUUAAUAUUUUCUGGCAUGUUGAAAUACCAGUUUUUAUUUAAGUAAAAUAAACAUUUAAAUUUUUUGUAUUUUUUUUUACAAAACUAUAAUAGUGUUAUGUAUGAGUUUGAGGAUUAUUUUUCCAGUUUCUAUAGGUAGCACUCAGAGAAUUUGAAUAGAUUUUUGGUGCUGAACUGCUAAUGUUUUCUGUUAUUAAUCAUGUUAUAAUAAAAAAUAAAAAAAAUAUAUUUUUUUUUGUGGGUUUGCCUCAUUAAGAAUUAAAACUGUAAAAUACAGAAGACGUGUGACAACUGUGCAUUUCUUGUGUUUUUAUGACAGUAGUUAGGUUGGCUCACUGAGCACUGUUCUCAGCAUUUGUGAAUUCACAUAUUUGCAAGCAAUCAGUGCAGCAAGUGUGUGUGGAAGGCUGUGGGGAGUGUGCCUUACUGUAAGGCGAAGUGUAAGGGAAAUAUUAGUUAGCUAGCAGCAACAUAUGAGAACAUUGUUUUAAAUGUAUUGUAACAUUUAUUUUGGUACUUUUCAAGUUUAGAAUACUACUAGUUAUGUUUUGUUGUUAAUGUCAAUAGCAUAAUUUUAUAUGACAUGUUUAUUGUUUAUGCAUUUGUAUGUAAAUGGGGGUGUUUGUGUGUGCUAUAGACAUACCAUACCAAUGGUUUGAUUUGUAAUAUUGGAUAUUUGAGAAAUUGUUUUGUAUAAUUAAAGUUGUGCAUGACCACAUGGUGCUACCUGCAA